AUGAAUACAAGCAGAUGCUUGAAGAUAUGCUGCUUAGCCACAGUCAUAAUCAUUCUCAUCCUCAUAGUCACUCUUGUGGUCUUAUACUUCACCAUAUUCAAACCAAAACAACCAAAAAUAGUGGCAACACCAGUGAAUCUCCAAAGCAUAGACUUUGUAAUCCUUCCUGUUCUGAAGCUAGAUGUGACCAUUGGCAUGGAGAUUCAUAUCAAGAACCCAAAUUACGCUGGCUUUAGCUAUGACAACUCGACCACGUUGGUGUACUACCGUGGCAGCCUCAUCGCAGAUGCUCCGGUUGGAGCUGGUACAAUCGGAGCUCUGUCGACAGAUAAGCUGAACACAUCAGUGACUAUAUUGUUUGAUAAUUUUGUGACAAAUUCUUUCUUCUUGACUGAUGUGUUCUCUGGGCACUUGAAUUUAACUUCCUCUUCUAAAGUGGAAGGGAAGGUGUUAUUACUGGGGAUUUUCAAAUUGCAUGCCGAGACGUUUGUUUCAUGUGAUAUAACUGUAUUUCUGAGAACAAUGAACAGUACAUUCAGUUGUGACUCUAAAAUCAAGAUUUAA